UUUUUUGCUUUCAGUUUUCCCUACCCAGGCAGAAAAAAAUCCCAGAGCAAGAGUGGACCUAGAGCUCAGGGUUGGGGGUGAGGCUCCAGCUUGCUAGAUUGUUUGUGGGGUUUUACCUCAUCUGACACCCGUCCUGUCUUUCCUGUAGCCUGUUAGACCAGUGUAAAGAGCAGCCAAGGCAGCAAGACACUGAAGAGGGUUUGGGUCACACAGGGGAAUCCCUUUCAGUUCUUGCCAUGGUCAGAAGCUCAUAGGAAAGCCAUAAGAAAGAGCAGAUGAGUGUAGAGAAGAAAGCCAGUCUGCCGAAGGACAGGAGCAGUGCUCUCAUCUGGAUGCCAACGAUGAGCUGGAUUAACAAUAGGACUCUGUGCCAUUGGCAGUUUGAGAGAGGGAAACUAUAUGACAUUGGGACUUGGGAGUUGUCCUGCCUCUAUCUAGCCAGCCAAAGUGAAUGGGGUCAGUGUUAACAGCCUUCAUCUAUGCAGUCACAAAGGGUUAUGCAUCGUCAACAAUUUCAUGCCAAGUCUAGGUGGUUUCAGAUCAAACAGCAAGGACAUGGACAUGGACCAUCCCUCUGUGCAGCUCUGAAGUAGAGCCAAGCACUCCGUCUGCCUGUCAGAGCUUUAGAGCCUAAGAAGUUCACUGCUGGUGAGGGGGAUGGCCAGGAUUCCUGGAGUGGGAAGAUCUUCAGCUUCAGCUUCAUCUUUGAACAACAAAGAAGACAGUGAAAGUGAUGUGGUCCUUCUUAGUCCCAAGGACCCUAACAGAGUACACACGAAGGAGCAGCUGGCACAUCCUGUGUCCUCCAACCUUGACCCAAGCAUGCAAGGCUUCCCUGCUGGGCUCAGCCUGGAUGAUUUCAUCCCUGGUCACCUGCGGGCCCAUACAGGCGCAUCCUCCGGGGGAACAAGGGUGCCUGUGAUCCGGAGUGGUGGCUCCAACACCCUUAAUUUCCAGUUUCAUGACCCUGCGCCCAGGACUGUGUGCAAUGGCUGUCCCCCACCCAGGAGAGAUGGUUCCCCGAAUCCAGACCCAGCAUGGUAUCAGACCUGGCCAGGCCCUGGGAGCCGGCCCUCUAUGAGCCCAAAGCCACCUGCCUCCCAGCAUCCCCAGAACUGGUCAGCCACAUGGACCAAGGACAGCAAGCGACGGGACAAGCGCUGGGUGAAGUACGAGGGAAUCGGGCCUGUGGAUGAGAGCGGCAUGCCCAUUGCCCCACGAUCUAGUGUUGACAGCCCCAGAGACUGGUAUCGCAGAAUGUUCCAGCAAAUUCACCGGAAAAUGCCAGACCUGCAGCUGGACUGGACCUUGGAAGACCCACCCAAAGUGGUUUCCUCACGUGCCUCUUCUGCAGACCCCAGGCAUCCAGGGCCCCAGCCAAGACCUGCCUCCAGGCCUAGCACAGCUGAGACUUCUGGAAGAAACUGGAACCACUCUGAAGAGACAUCUAGAAACACCUUUAACUAUAAUCUUGGAUCAUCCUCUCCAGGGCUUCAUCCGCCAAAUCAGGUGCCUCAACAUCGAGAGAAAGGAGAGAAUGUCUGGACAGAUGACUCCUGGAACCAAUUUCUGCACGAACUAGAAACCGGGCAUAAGCCUAAGAAACCACUGGUGGAUGACCCCGUUGAGAAGUCUGCACAGCCCAUUGAGGUCUUGCUAGAGAGAGAACUGGCUAAGCUGAGCGCAGAGCUGGACAAGGACUUGCGGGCCAUUGAGACCCGACUGCCGCCGUCCGCUAAGAACUCUCAGGCUCCACGACGGCCCCUUGAGCAGCCCGGCCCGGAGCAGCAGCCCUCGGCCCGUCUGUCUUCAGCCUGGAGGCCCAACUCACCGCAUGUACCUUACUUCGGUUCCUCCCGACCCUUGAGCCCCCACAAAAUGGCAGAUGGAGGAGGAAGCCCCUUUCUAGGACGUAGAGAUUUUGUCUACCCUUCCUCAGCCCGAGAGCCUAGUGCCUCUGAAAGGGGUAGCAGCCCUGCGAGGAAGGAGGAGAAGAAGAGGAAGGCCGCCCGGCUCAAGUUUGACUUCCAGGCGCAGUCCCCCAAGGAGCUGACUCUGCAGAAGGGUGACAUUGUCUAUAUCCAUAAAGAAGUGGACAAGAACUGGCUGGAGGGGGAACACCAUGGCCGGCUCGGCAUCUUCCCCGCUAACUAUGUGGAGGUACUGCCUGCAGAUGAGAUUCCCAAGCCCAUCAAGCCACCCACAUACCAGGUGCUGGAGUAUGGAGACGCUGUAGCCCAGUAUACCUUCAAGGGAGACCUGGAGGUGGAGCUGUCCUUCCGAAAGGGGGAACGCAUCUGCCUGAUCCGCAAGGUGAACGAACAUUGGUACGAGGGGCGCAUCACGGGCACCGGACGCCAAGGCAUCUUCCCUGCCAGCUACGUGCAGAUAAACCGGGAGCCCCGGCUCAGGCUCUGUGACGAUGGUCCCCAGCUCCCUGCAUCACCUCACCUGACAACCACUGCUCAUCUAAGCAGCCACUCCCACCCCUCCUCAAUACCUGUGGACCCCACUGACUGGGGAGGUCGGACCUCCCCUCGACGUUCCGCUUUCCCCUUUCCCAUCACCCUCCAGGAGCCCAGAUCCCAAACCCAGAGUGUCAGUAGCCCUGGACCAACCCUGUCCCAUCCUCGAGCCACCAGCCGUUCCAUAAACUUGGGGCCCUCCUCCCCAAACACAGAGAUACACUGGACUCCGUACCGGGCCAUGUACCAGUACAGGCCCCAGAAUGAGGAUGAGCUGGAACUUCGUGAGGGGGACCGUGUGGAUGUCAUGCAGCAAUGUGAUGAUGGCUGGUUUGUGGGUGUCUCCCGGAGAACUCAGAAAUUUGGGACAUUCCCUGGAAAUUAUGUAGCCCCAGUGUGAGUGGUCUCCAUGGUAGUUUGGAGCCAACGAGGAUCGGGUGGGGAGCAGUAGCAGUAUGGGAGGGAGAGAGGCCCUCCGUAUCCUCCUCCCCAGGACCUGUGCUCCCAGCUUCUGCAGAGACCCCCGGCAACUUUCCCUCCAAGCCUCCUUGAAGUCUUGAUUCCCACCCUCAAGUCACAGGCAUUCCUUUGACAGCCCCCUUCACCGCCCCUCAAAUACAGACAUCUGCUUUCAUGUGGAGACCGUCUCCAGGCCUUAUUGAGACCAGACCCCCACGCCUCCAACCCCUCAGCAUUUCCACUAAUGGGGACUGGCUCUCCUUCACCCCCAUGGGGUUCCUCUAAUAAGGACCAGUCUUCUACCCUGGUGGAGACCAAAGGCCUCCUCCCGUUUCUCACCAGCUUGCCUGCUACCACUUUGCCUUCUGGCCUCCAGCUGGGCCUGGAAGCAAGGUGGGGAACACCUCCUCAGCUUUCAAGACCCAGUGAGAGGCCUCACCUCAAGGCUUUCCCUUCCCAGAGCCUGCUGAGCCCCUAGGUAGGGCCUCCACACAUACCAUGCCGACUGAGGCACACAGCUGCCCUGGCCUAUCAGAAGAUGUAUUUACAGGGAGACAAGCUUGCUGCCCUAAUUCCCCCGCUCUUCCCAGUGUCCGGGUCCCCUCUGGAAGAGAAUGUAAAAUAAACGUGGAUACCAGGGA